UCCGUCAUUUCUCCGAGUCUCCUUCUGAAAAAGGGCUAGGGUUCUGCCAUCAUUUCUAACUCUCUGUAUGUGUAGAAUUAGAAUUCGUUAUUCUCACUUAGGAAUCGACCACGAUUAUCCAUGUGUGAUUCAAGUCUACUCAGUACACAGACUCAGUCAGGAUGGAGCAGAGCCGAGAGGGACGGCAGCUGAAUGCUGAUAGAAUCAGCAACUUCCCGGCCGAUGUGUCACAGCGUUUCUCGCCUUCUUACCCGUAAAAGAUGCCAUCAAAGCAGCUGCGUUGUCAAGUAAGUGGAGGUAUCUUUUGAGAAGCAUUCUCCAACUUGUUUUCGAUGGAGAUUUUGCUCGCAUCCCUGAGUUCUGAUGGUUUGUGAUGUUCCGAUAACUGAGUUCGUGCUUGACAUUCCUUGAUAUCAAUUGGAAUGAUUCUUCACCUUUCCAGCUAAGGGGUCCAGGAAUUUAGUCUCGUCCUUCCAGAAGUUUUGCAUUUGGAAACGAUUUGGAUUGUGGGAUUUAGCAGGCUUACUCGUCCUGAAUGGGAACUCUUGUAGCUGUUGGGUGAUUUCUUUGAGAAUGUCAUUCCCAUCAUCCCAUGUGCCCGCUGCUUGAAGAAUUGAGUCUUUUUAAGUUAUGGCUCAGUUGGUAAACUUGAGAUUGUUGUUCCUCGUCUUAAAGUGCUUUCUCUUCAGUGUGAGUGGAUGUCAAUUGUCUUUGAGUUUAUCCAACUUCUUUCAGUGGUAACAAUUCUUGAUAUUCAUGGAGGCAAGUGUUGUUUAGCUACUGAUAAAUAUGAACAUAGCCCUUGUUUCCCCGUUGGGGAUGUUAUGGGGCUGGAUGUGGUCACUGUAUUUGCUUUUCUCCUUGCACUCCAGCAGUUAAAUCUUGGGCUCGAAUUCGAGAAAGUAAGCUUUGCUUCCCCCGACUCGACUUGUUCAACCUUGUCUACCUGGUUUCUCGCCUCAUUCAUUUAUGUUGUUGCUUUGUAAUUGUUAGUACCUUGCUGCAAGUGAUAAUAUCCCCACCAGGCUUCCUACUCCUCUUCACCACUUACAAGUCCUGGAAAUGCCUAACAUAUUCUUGGACAGCUUGCAGGAAGCGCAGUUUCUUUUAUGUCUUCAUGAGCUCCCCCAACUUGCGCCCGCUCACCAUUCUAGUAAGGCUGGGUUUUUUCAAUAGUGUACCCUUGCGAUGUGGGUUGUAAGCUCCUUUAUUAUUCAUCUACUAGCUAUACAUUCCCAUUAGCAUAAAUCCCACCAUCAUUAGAUUUCCAUUUCCCAGUCAUCUCUCUCUUAAGGAGAUUACAAGGUGAAGCACAAAAGUCUAUUUUAGGGCACAUUUUCUUGCAAAAUGCUUUUCGAGGCGGUCAUAUUUCAUAUUUGGGAAUCGAUCUUUAUCUCACCAUCCAUAGUUACUAAGUAAUACCUAACACUCCACAAUUGUUAACACUCCACAAUUGUUCUAUUUCUUCAAAUGUUGUAUAUUCACCAUUGGCAUUAGUGGAAUUGUUGUGUAACGAGUUAUGGUCUUAUGGACAAUUGUUGGUUCAAUUUACUCUCUUUUGUGACUGACUUUUGUGGCCAAAUAUUCUUCUUCUAGCUUCAUACUGCAAAAGACCAUUCAUGGUACAAACAUUAUAUUGGCAGCCUAAAAAAUAUGUUGUUGAAGCAGAGGAGCUGCAGUCUGAUUGAUAUGGUAGUUGUCUUCACGCGUUGGACACUCAGGACAGGACAGGCCAGGCUUGCAGGUAGUAGUGGAGCUGAUGAGGUUUGUGUUAGCCAAGGCCCCACAUCUUCCCAGAGUCAACUUCCCGCUUUGCCGUAAGUUGGACACUUCAUUUGUGAAUGGAUCAUAUAAUUGUGCGUCCAAAGAAGCCAACACUUUGUAGCUUUACACUCACAUUUUAACCUUGGCAUCACUUCAACUUCUCGGGAAGUGCACGAUUCGAAAUGUUUAAUUUUUCCUUCUACAAUCUGUGUUUGUUACAGUUUUCUCAGCUUUGUGUAGAUACAACCAGGCUGUGCAUAGGGGUACCCUUCUCUGUGCCGGCCAGGCAGAUACCCACUGAACCGCCGGAUGGCGUUUCAUGCAUUCUCAUCCAUCAGAUGAGACGGUGACAUUUUUGUUACUCGACGGGGGAGACACAUAAAGCCUUUGGAUGGGAGCAUUGGCGUAUUCUCAGUCGUUAGAUGUGACGGUGGUCACAAGUGCCUUUGCGUAUUGAUGGGGGUACUCUCUUCCUUUUUUUAUUCCCUUUUAUUCCGGUCAUUGAUUCCGUUUUUUACUGCGAAAGUGGCGUGUUACGGUGUAAGCGUCAUCUUUCUCGACAAGGGUUUUCCUUAGGGUAUAUAAAGAAAGAAAGAUUGGUGGGUUAUUUAGGGUUUUGGUGUGUCUCCAUCAAAGUUUCCCUCUGUUUCUUCUCCUUCAGUGAGAGGGAGAGAAAAGACUUCGUUCUCUCUUUGUUGUGAAGCAGAGUAGAGCAUCGAUCACUUGUUUGUGGUUUUGUGUACUAUAAAGCCAACGACAAUGGAGCUGGGCGAGUCGACUGUUGAUAGGAUUAGCAACGUUCCAGCCAAUGCGAUAGAGCAAAUUCUGACGCUGUUGCCCAUAAAAGAUGCAGCGAGAACCAGCAUCCUGUCAAGAAACUGGAGGCAUCAUUGGAGAAGUAUUCCUCAACUUGUGUUCGACGGUAGUUUUGCUCCACCACUCCCCAGUACGGAACCCUAUUUACUGGAUGAGAAAAAGGUCAUGAUGGACAUUUACGAAGCUCUGCUGCUUCAUGAUGGUCCAGUAACCAAGUUUGAGCUCUCAAUUCCUGGAUUCAGAGAAGACUGUCCACGUAUUUGUAAGUUGAUUCCUCACGUUGGAAGCAAAGGUGUCCAUGAACUUGCUCUUCGGUUUUCCAAGGGUCAGACCAAGCUGCCUUCCUCCCUGUUCACCGCCUGCAGUCACCUGACUGUUUUGAAACUGCAGCAUUGUAGUGUUGGUGCACCAUCUUCUUUUGUGGGAUUUCGUAAGCUGGUCGUUCUUGAGCUUGAACAUGUUAUCAUGCCUGAAGAUUUCCUGCAGAAGUUACAGCCGGAGUGCCCCCUGCUCCAAGAGUUGAGGGUUUUAUACUGUAGCAGGCAAGAAUAUAAACUUAAUGUGCCUUCUCUCAAAGUGCUUUUCAUUAAGUCGAGUGGUUCCGGUUGCAACAUUACGAUCCAGCAUGCUCCAGUGCUUUCAGUGCUAUCACUGACAGAUGGUUGGACGUCUAAGAAUUGGUUAGCACUGUUUGCUUCUCUCCCUGAGCUCAGGCAGCUGACUUUUGCAAUUCAUUCGCUGAAAUUCUCUGCAGAGGGUAAUGUCCCCUACAAACUGCCAACAAUCCUCUACCAGUUAAAAGUUCUUGAAGUAUCUCGCCUUCUUUUGGAUAACUUGCCACAGGCACAGGUUCUUAUUUGUCUGAUCAUGAGUUCCCCCAACUUACAAAAGCUCAGCAUUCGGUUGGGUACUAAUAAUGCCCAGCCGUCUUCAGAGGUAAUGGGUAGCCUACAGGAGCUGUUGGAAGCAGAGGAACGACAUGGAAUUUGUUGCCUUCAACAUCUUGAAGAGUUCAACGUUCAGGAUAGCCAAGGUAGGCAAGUCGAGCUGGACCUGGUGCGGUUUGUUCUGGCCACUGCCCCACAACUUCGUAUGAUCUCGAUUAAGCGUGCAGUUAGCUUGUCAGCUGAUAAGGUUCUGGGAUUCUUGAAUGAGCUGGUAUCGUAUAAGCGUAUUUCCAAAGACGCAGAGGUCAAAUAUGUCUAGGAAAAUAUGAGGUUGAGUUGAGACACUUCGUUGGUGCUUGAUUCUUUUGUUCUCGUUUCUUCUUUUCCCUGCAUGAUGUGAGGGUGUUUGAUCCCGUUGAUCAUGUAUUGAUAUCUAUGUUAAAUUAUUUUAUAUUCAAUGAUAGCAACUUAAAAAUAUAACACAGGUUUGAAGACGAGUAUUGUUAAUUUUGUAAUAUAUUUUUUUUUUUUGGUAAUAUAUGAAUAUAGAUCAAUGAGAUUGUUUUA